ACACAGAGAGAGAGAGAGAGAGAAAGGAAACUCUUGAAUACUAAUAAUAAUAAUCAUCAUAAGGCUGUUGUUUAUCCAAAGAAAGGAGGGGUUGGACUUCUGGUUGACUUCUGCAGCCAAAGUUUUUCUAAACUUCCCCUUUUACUUAUUCAAAACUUCACCAGUUUAGAUUUCAACCACUGGCUCAGUGUCACCUCAAACGCACCACCGACAAGGUCAUUGUCGGUGUCCGCCCUCGGGUACUGGCGACGCGGCUGCAGAGCUCCACGGACCCCCGGUACCUUUGCUCCUGGAGCCUGAACGCACCACGGGAGUCAAACUGGAUGGAGAGGAAAAACCAAGUAAAGUAGAGUAAUUACACACAGAGUGACACCAUGUUGGGAAACCCGGGGUCAUAUGCCAACAAGAAGAGGAAGAAGCCUGUCCUAAAACAAAAGAAGGCCUCUGAUGGCAAUGAGGUCGUCAAAUCGAACCCUUCAAAGCGCCACCGGGAUCGGCUGAAUGGCGAGCUGGACCGGCUCACCGACCUCCUGCCCUUCUCCGGGGAGGUCCGCUCUCGGCUGGACAAACUGUCGGUGCUUCGCCUCAGCGUGGGUUACCUGAGGGUCAAGAGCUACUUCAAAGCGACUAUGAAUAACAGCAACAGUCUGAUGUUCUCCGGCGUGAACGGGCAGAACGGGAACAAACUGGACACCUGUGGGUAUUCCGAGGGGGAUCUACUGCUCCAGGCGUUGAACGGGUUUGUGAUCGUGGUGACGUCGGACGGAUCCGUGUUUUACAUCUCCUCCACAGUCAAGGACUACCUGGGCUUUCAUCAGUCGGAUGUGGUUCAUCAGAGUGUGUUUGACCUCAUCCACACUGAUGACCGAGAACUGUUCAGACAGCAGCUUCACUUUGCUCUAAACCCCCCGACUGCUGCCGCGACCGGAGACGUCUUGCAGAGCGGCGGCGGCGGCGGCGGCAGCAGCACAGUGAUGUACAACCCCGAGCAGCUUCCCCCGGAGAACUCGUCCUUCCUGGAGAGGAACUUCGUGUGUCGCUUCCGCUGCCUCCUGGACAACUCCUCCGGCUUUCUAGCUCUGAAGUUCCAGGGGCGACUGAAGUACCUGCACGGUCAGAAGGUUUCCAACGGGAACGGAAGCAAACCUCAGCUGGCUCUCUUCACCAUCGCUGUACCCGUCCAGCCUCCGACCAUUGUGGAGAUCAGAGCCAAAAUGCUCCUCUUUCAAACCAAGCACAAGCUGGACUUCACACCCAUGGGCGUCGACAGCAGGGGGAAGAUUGUUCUGGGCUAUUCGGAGAUUGAACUGUGUAUGAAAGGCUCCGGCUACCAGUUCAUCCACGCGGCCGACAUGAUGUACUGCGCCGACAGCCACAUCCGCAUGAUUAAAACAGGAGAGACGGGUCUGACUGUGUUCAGGCUGCUGAGAAAGUCGGGUGGCUGGGUGUGGGUGAAGUCCAACGCCAAGCUGAUCUACAAAGGAGGACGACCCGAGUUCAUCAUCGCAUAUCAGAGGGCUCUGGUCAACGCCGAGGGCGAGGAGUAUCUCCGUCAGAGGAGGUUGCAGCUUCCCUUCAGCUUCACCACAGGAGAAGGCGUCCUCUACAACACCGGCCCCACGGUGGACGUCACACAGUUUCAGUUCAACAAAAUGUUCAACAACGUAGAGGAAAUCAAAAAGGACGUGACGCCCCGCUCCUUGCUGGACUGCUUCCUGAGUCAGGAUCAGACGGUCUACAUGCAGCCAGAGGAAGCCCCUUUGCCCGUGGAUCAGGUGUUCAUGGACAGCCAGGCGCUGGUCAGCAUGGGCAGCGACCCGUGGCAGGAGGGCGGCGCAUUGGCGGAGUCCGUCGUCGUGAAAGAGGAGGCCAAACAGUCGGUGAUGGCCGUGAUCGAAGACCUGGAAAAGAUGGCUCAGGACGGCGAAUUUUGCGAUGCGCUGAAGAACCUGGACGUCAGCGACGCCGAGCUGAUGGAGUGGGAAAACGCCCUCAAGAGAUUAAGCCAGGACGGGGUGCAGCAGAGCAACGUCAAGUCUGAGCUGGACGGCGUCCUCACCAACGACAUCUUUGAUUACAUCGAUACCGUUUUGUUCAAGGAGAAUGGCGACGAUUGUGUCAACGCCGGCCCUCCCAGCUGCCUCACCGCGGCCAACAACAACCAGCAGAGCCCCUUCACCGUGGCCGGACUCGGAGAGCCACGGCUGUUUAAGACGCCGAGCCCCGAUCACUCUUACUCUCCGAUGAACGGGCUCUACGCUCGACCGCAAGAGACAAUGAACGGCCCGGCGAUCCCAGAGUCUGCUCAGAUAUUCACCCAGAAACUCUCCCACCUCGGGCCCCUGAUCCCUCAGGCUGACCCCGGCCUGCACGCCGUUCAGCAGCUGCAGCUCCAGGACAUUUUCAGCCCGUCUAUCGAGCUCCCUGAGCUCACUGUCCCCGGUGCCGCGGCCCCGUUCCCGUCCUGUGUGCGGGCACCUGUAGACCACAUGGGCCGCCCUCUGGGGAUCCCUGCUCAGACGCAGUCCAGCCAGCUUCUGCGGUGUCCUCAAAACAAUGUGCAAGCUCCCGCAAUCGCACCAAACGCACAGAUGCUGCAGAGCUCUGCUCGGCAACCAAACAUUGUUCCCGGCGUGAUGGACAUUUUGCCCCCGCUGAUUCCUUGCAAAGCCUUCAACUCUGUCGGCACGCCUAAUAUUCCCGCUCCCUUUGCCCCAACGUGUCUACAAGGCGGCGCCUCGUUUGAAACUCACAGCCAACAGGUUCAGCCGUGGCAGCAGAGCCGGCAGCAGAAGCCGCCUCACGCUGGCAUGGUGCAGAACGGACACGGGCUGAUGCCGGCACGCCACGGCCAAACUCCAGAGAGCCAAACCCUCCACCGCGCUGGCCUCUGGCCAAACGGUGUCAACGGACUGAACCACGCCCAGCAGGGGGCGCUGACGUGCGGACAGGCGGCCUCUCACAGCAGCUGCAUGUUCGACCAGCACUUCUCUUCCGGUCCAGUAGGAGGCGACGUCCUGGCUCUCUCCGGGCCUUCAGGCCUGAGGGGAGCCGACGUGUCCCUGGAUCAGAGUCCCCCUCAAGGGUCCUGCUACUUCCAGUGGGGCCACGGUGAGUCCGUGGUGGGAACGUCAGCCAUCAACCAGGAGCAGAGCAACAUCAGUCCGCCCAACAUGGCCUCGUCAGAGCACACGCUCAACAUCCAGCACCACCUGGAAUGCCACAGACACACUCAGCAGGACACCAGAGUCUCCGCUGAACUCAAUGGGAUUUUUGCCACUCCUGUUGGGGACGUAGCCAUGUACCUGACGGAGUAAAGCGUCAAGCCACGUCGUUUGUUUCUGCCGCGACAAGGACAAAACUCAGUAUAGUUGGCCUGUAUCAGCGCUUAUCCACAGACUCUCAUGCUUAUUACCCUUAAUGUCAUAAUGUUUUAUAUCCCUCUGUAUCAUUUAUACUCUGUCCAGUCUGUGGUAUGUUUAAAAGCUGUGCUCGUCGAAGAUACACUAUAGUAAUAAUGAAGUAUGAAGCCACAAGUGCGUUUACCAGGAUGGAGCUUGAGCCAGCUAGGAGGAUCGGUCAAGGAAAUCCAAAUAGCCAAAGAAAUAGGUUUUUAUAAGGGAAACCAGGUGUUUUCACAUCGCUGUAUUCAGCCAGGGACACUCAAUUAUAAAUACCUAAAAUACUGUAAGAAAGAAAACUGAACAUGCUGUUUUUAAAAAUAUAUAUAUAUAUAAUCAUUAUUAACUUUCUAAAAGACGUCUGUAAAAAAAACAGUAAAAAUAAAUCACUUAAAGUGAUGACUACCUGAAAGCAUAGCUGUAACAUCAACCUAAUUACAGAUCAAAUAAUCUGUAUGUUUUAAACGUGGUUGAUGUAAACACAAUCUGUAAUUGAACUAGUAGUCUUUGUUUCACCAACAGGCGUCUGCUCUCAAAUGUACAGAAUUUAUCGAUGUGCUUUUUUGUGGAGGAAGCUUUCCAGUCAGGGAAUGCAGAGAUUUGUCAAACCCCAGAAUGCAACAGCAACAGUAAACACAUCAGAAAUAAGAAAUUGCCUCCUGCAAUUUUCUGCCAACCAUGCAAGCGUUUUGUUUUGUUGCAUAAAAUAAGCACAGCUUCAGUUGAGUUCAUUUGAAUGCACUGCUGCUAAUAUAGACCUGUAGCUGUGGGUCGUUCUGAGAUGCAUCUAACUCUAUUCAGCAACUGGAAAUCCUGAGCCAAUUAAUCUUAAGAAAUCAGUUCAUCAAAAGAUCAUCUCCCCGAACUAUAACCAUGCACUCAUCCCAACAAAACAGUGAUUGCAAUAAAAACAAAAGUCUUAAACCUGCAUGGGUUGCAGUAAACGCCUGUAUGAUCUCCCAUUCUUCUCCGUCAAACAAAACACUGAGGUAUUUUUUUAGGGAAAGCUUAUUUAUUCUCAAAUAUUGCUCUACCACACUGUCCAAAGUGUUGAGAAUGAUUCAUUGGCCUCCACUCUAAACUCUUCAACGGCUACAAAAACUAGUGGUGCCUUCAGGUGUUCCUCCGCCACAAAAAACAUCCCAUAUAUCGCCCUCAAACGGACACCAAAAUGCUAAAAACCCAGUCAGUAAAUGAAACAUAUGAUGGACAACUGGUAAAACAAGGAAGCAGGGUAAAAAUAAUAUAAAUACUUUAACUUAUUCCCCUUCUCCCGUUUAUUUACACCCUUCAUGUGCACUUCAUGCAACGUAUUUUUCUAAAUCAAAAGCACGACUUUAAAGGAUGCAAUCCCAAAUGGACUUUCUGUUCCACUCUGCCAUAUUCUUCGUGGUCCUACAUAGGAACACCCUAAAACAUACAUUACAAACAUUAAUGUGUAUGAUAGCAUCAUGACCAUAUACAAUUUUUCUUCUGCCUUCAUUCCUAGUCGGCAGCUUCAAAAAAAACAAAAAAAACAUAUCGUCAUAUAAAUGUAUCUGUGCCUUCUUGUAUAUUAUUAUAAUAUUUUUCUAAGGUAAUCCUUUCGAGCUGCACUUGUGUGAGGGGAAGCCGUGUCCAUAGGAGAUGCAGUAUGUUUGCUGUAAAGUAAAGGUUUUAUCCUGAAGUGCAUUUCAAGGCUCUGAGGAAUCUCUUUAAGUCCUUUUUUUCCAUCACACAAACACGUCCUUUACAAUGGAAACAAGGGAAAAUACUCAACCUGACCUAUCUCUAUAGAGAUGGUAAGACUUCUUGCAUUGAUGAGUGAGCAGAUCCAACAAUGCAUUCUGAUCAUAAUAAUCUAUACGUUUCCUGUUUCUGCUUUUCAUUGUGGCUCCGUUUUAUCUGCUUUUCUACCAGGUGUUUGUAUUUUCCACAUUAUAAAAAAAAAAGAAUGGUUUGGAUUAACCUGAGAAAGAAAACAUGGCAGCUUUAUCGUGUUUUUUGCUGCACUGUGGGAAAACACUCAGUAUUUUACCUUUUUCCUUAAAAACAUUUUUUUUUUUUUUUUU